AGUUUGUGUGUCAAUAGGCUGUGGGAGGCGGGUGGAAGAGGACGUGUGAUUGGUCGGUCCCCCCUGUCUACUCACACUAAUACAAAAGCCUGAGCCGGGAGAGAGAAAGAGGCUGAAUCAGUUCCCAUUUGUGCUACAGAAUGUCUGUCAUUGUAGCUCUGGUCAAGAAGCUCUGGUGCAUUAGGAAAUAUAUCAUUCUCAUUGCAACACCGCUGAUCCUUCUGCCUGUUCUCUUCACACUGCCCCCCAAGGAAGGAAAAUGUCUCUAUGUGGUUCUGCUGAUGGCCUUCUACUGGUGCACAGAAGCUUUACCUCUGGCCGUCACGGCAUUGCUUCCAAUUGUCCUCUUCCCGCUAAUGGGGAUCCUGCCCUCCAGCAAAGUCUGCCCUCAGUACUUUCUAGAUACCAACUUUCUGUUUCUCAGUGGCCUCCUUAUGGCAGCAGCCAUAGAAGAGUGGAACCUACAUCGCAGAAUUGCUCUGAAAGUCCUCUUGCUAAUAGGGGUGCAACCAGCGAGACUUAUUCUAGGGAUGAUGAUGACCACAGCCUUCCUCUCUAUGUGGCUGAGUAACACGGCCUCCACGGCUAUGAUGCUUCCUAUUGCCAAUGCUAUCCUCAAAAGCCUGUAUGGGGAAAGAAUUAGCAAGGAAAAGGGACUGAAUAAUAAUUGCGACAGCACAGCCUCCAUUCAAGAGAAAGGUCUCCAUCCUGUUCCAACUGAAAUGCAACUAUUGGCAGCCAGUGAAGAAAGUAAGGAUCUUCCAGAGAAGAUAGAAAUCCCAGUCGAGACACACCCUGAACUACAGAAAGAAAAGGAAUACCAGAACAAGAUCUGGAAAGCUUUUCUUAUCUCCAUCCCAUACUCGGCCAGUAUUGGUGGGACAGCUACUUUGACCGGGACAGCACCCAACCUUAUUCUUCUUGGACAACUAAAGAGCUUUUUUCCAGAAUGUGACGUUGUAAAUUUCGGUUCUUGGUUUGCCUUUGCCUUCCCACUGAUGGUUUUAUUUCUCAUUGUUGGAUGGUUGUGGAUCUCAAUCCUACAUGGAGCCAUAAGCCUAAGCUGCAAAAGGAAAAAGAAAUCCGAAAUCAGAUCAGACGCAGAGACCAAGGCAAAAGACGUCAUACAGGAAGAUUAUCGCAAACUGGGCCCCACCAAUUUUGCAGAAAAAGCCGUUUUCUUCUUCUUCUGCCUGUUUGCCAUAUUGCUGUUCACUCGUGAUCCAAAGUUUAUACCUGGCUGGGCCUCUGCAUUCACUCCGGGCUUUACUUCAGAUGCAGUGACGGGGAUUGCCAUAUGUAUCAUCCUUUUCUUUUUCCCCUCUGAGAAGCCUUCGCUGAAGUGGUGGUUUAACCUCAAAGCACCAAACACUGAGAAUAAAGCUCUCCUAUCUUGGAACAAAGCUCAGAGCACGGUGCCUUGGAAUAUCAUCCUGCUGCUCGGAGGAGGAUUCGCUAUGGCUAAAGGCUGCGAGGCUUCCGGACUUUCUACAUGGAUUGGGGGUCGCCUGCAGCCACUCGAGGGUAUUUCUCCGGCGCUCGCCGUCCUGCUGGUCACGGUGCUCAUUGCCUCCUUCACUGAAUUCGCCAGCAACACGGCCACCAUCAUAGUCUUCCUCCCGGUGCUGUCAGAGCUGGCUAUUAGGCUUAAAGUCAACCCAUUAUAUUUAAUGGUCCCCGGGACUGUGGGGUGCUCAUACGCCUUCAUGUUACCCGUCUCCACGCCGCCCAAUUCAAUAGCAUUUUCUACAGGACAUUUAAUGGUGAAGGACAUGGCUAAAACUGGGCUGGUGAUGAAUGUGAUGGGGGUGCUGCUCCUCAGUCUGGCCAUGAACACGUGGGCCUCCAGCAUCUUCCAGCUCGGUACCAUUCCUGAUUGGGUUCCGUUCCAUAUUUACAAUGGCACAGAACUGAUAUCUGGGGCGCAGAACGUCACUACUGGAAGAUAAGGAGAACAGGAGUCCACGUUCCAGGACAAGCUGCUAUGGGGACAGAUGUACAGAACCAGCAGUGGGACAGACAGGCAACUACUCCCGGACUAUUUGCACAAUACAAACAGCUGCUGUCGGAUUUGUACUGGACCCAUAGAUCUGCUCCAGGCUGAAUCACAGAACAUUGUGUCCUAUAAACAAUAUACAAUAAUGACUGGUCCCCCCCCAUAUAAUUAUAUAUAGAAUAAUGGGCUUCUUUAUGGGGACUGGACCCGCAACCGACUGACCGGCCCAUUCCUUCUGGGACUCCGACCCUUGCGUCUGCCCCUCCAUAUACUGCGCCCAGAAAAAGGUCCGGCUACCUCCGUAUAGGAAAUUUCUAAUAGUUAAUUGUGAUUUUGGUACCUGUGGGAAUAUGUUUUUGAGGUUGUAGGUGGCAGGACCACCCCCCCCACCUUUCAUAAAUUUCAGUAACAAUUUUGAAUCUUAAAAUUUGUAAUAUAUACACCAUUAAUAAAAAUAGCAACUGCCUUAAA